AUGGAUAACCAAACAAUUAUAAUUGACAACGGUUCAGGUUAUAUAAAAGCAGGAUUGAAUGUUUAUGAUGAGCCGUCAAUAGUAUUUCCAACGGUGGUUGGACAUCAACGUAACAGUGAAGAAAAGCAAACGUAUGUUGGAGAUGAAGCAAUUUACCAUGAAUCAGAAUUAUCCAUUUAUCGACCAAUAGACCAUGGACAUAUAAGUGACUGGGAUUUGGCACAAACAACAUGGGAAUAUACAUUAAGUUGUGUUGAUCAGAAAAGAAAUGUAGAAAAUAUUUUGUUAACCGAACCACCUUUAUGUUCAAGUUCACAUAGGACAAAAAUGGGGGAAAUGUUCUUUGAAUUUUUCGAUUUUAAUAAUUUAAAUAUUUCAGUUUCUGGAUUAAUGUCGAUAUAUGCUGCUGGAUUAACAACAGGAUUAGUGUUAGAUAUAGGAGAAGGAGUAACUCAAUCUAUUCCUGUAUUCGAUGGAUAUAUUGAAAAAAACUGCAUUAUACGUUCAGACUUUGGUGGAGAAGAAUUAAGUAUGUUUUUACAAAAAUUAAUAUGUGAUAUUGGUUAUAGUGUUACAACAAGAAAGAAUUUUGAAUAUGUCAAAAAUAUUAAGGAAACGUUAUGUUUUUGUUCAUUAAAUCCACCAAAAGAUCAAAUGAGAGACGAUUUAGCGGUUACAUAUACCUUACCUGAUGGAGAUAUUUUAAGAGAUGGUUAUGACUCCAUAGAAAUAUCACAUGAACGUUUUUAUGUUCCUGAGGCUUUGUUUAAUCCUCUUAUCUGUCAUAGGGAUAGUUUAAGUAUCGUUGAUAUUGUAUGGAAAUCUAUUUUAUUGUGUCCCAUGGAAAACAGGAAAACCUUAACUAGUUAUAUUAUACUGUCAGGGGGGUCCACCCUUUUUCCUAAUUUAGUAGAAAGACUAGAAAAAGAAAUAAAAAAUAAUGCUCCACAAAAUGCAAGGUCCGCUGUUAAGCCUGAAUUGAGGGAAGCCCAAGAAGGUUUAUGGAUAUCAAAAGAGGAGUAUGAAGAGAUAGGCAGUAACAUUAUUUUAAUAAAAGUAAGAUCGAAAAAAAAAAAAAAUGAUAAAUUGUAA